GGCCCCGCCCCCAGGCCGGCCGGUGCUGGCUCGCGCCGGGACUCCCGCUCCCCUCAGUCGCGGUGGCCGAGGCAGCGGCGGUCAUUGGCCGGGCCCGGCCGUGCGCGGCGAUGCGGCUUUACACAGGCAUUAUCACGGCUGUCUUUAUUUACAAUCCUUCCUUUGCACACUGAAAUCCGCGGUGGAACGACAGUCAGACUGAAUAACACACACAAUGUUGAUCACUGGGGGAGAGAGUGAAGGACAUACUGUUUUUUAGCAUCAUUAUUACAGACUAUUUAAGACAAAAUGAAGAUCUUUAUUCUGCUUUGGAAACAUUAGAAUUUAAGCAUCUAGACUACAUUUUCUGUUUUCUACAUUAUAAGUUUUCCUAGUGAUCUCAUAUUAUUGCAGUAACACAGAAAUGCAGGACCAGCACUUGGUGGAAAGUCCUAGCACCAUUGAAGCAUUAAGCUGGAAGUCUUUGAAAGAUCUUACGGCCAAAGUGAGUGGUAUGUCUCUCAGUCAAAAUAGUGAGGGAAUUAAGGAAUGGAACAUAAAUGAAAGAAGAACUAAGGAAGAUAUAGUGGAACUUGAAAUGAUGUAUCAGAGCCUCCCCUGGGGGAACAGUAGAGGAAGAAACUGUGAAGGGUUUUCUGAAAGCAUUCAUUGUACAUCAGAAUCCAACAGUUCCUGGGGUGACUUUGAAAGUUUCAGUGAAUCCUUAGUCAAGUCUGAGCGCAUCAGUCACAGUCCUGAAGUUUUGGUGAAUUCAGCAGAAACAAAAAUUUCUGAUGUGGAGUUAAAUGGAGAACACUGCAACACUUCUCAUGGGCAUCACUGCUCCAACCCAUCUGUACACAAUGGGAGGGAACCUAGUGCUGGUUCUCUGGAUAAGGCCAAUCUCAACUAUGAAGAUAUUUUUAAGUUGAGUUUUCCAGAAGUCAUUGUACCACAGUCCACAGAGAGCAUAACAAGCUUAGAUCAAGUUCUUGACGCAGAUAAUGAAGACAUUGGGAUUCUUGAAUUUACGAAGAGACAGCUUUGCAUGGACUCUGGAAACCUCUGGAGAACUCUUAGAGACCCCAAUAGCACCACGGGUUUAAGAUGUCCCUGGAAUAAAUCCCAUUGCCAGGAAAACUUGUUAUCUGCUCUUGGAAUAGAUGUAAAUCAAAAGGACUUCUCAGGAGACAGCAAAGACGGUUUGGAGGAGACAAACGUUAAAAUAAAUGAAGACUUAGAAGAUGGAUUCAAUAUUAGUAACUGUAAAGCACUAAUUCAAACCAAGCUGCCUGUAGCACCAGAUUCCAGACAUGGUCAUUUCUUUAGUUAUAACCUGUUUUUGAAGAGGACACCAUUAAAUGGAAAUAUGCAAUUUAAAACUGUCCCAAGAAAGAAGAGGAUUUUCAGUACACACGGUCUAAAAAUGAAAAUUUUCAACAGUGAUGCUUGCUAAAGCAAAAGUCCCUAUCUUUCUUUCAUUUAAAGUGCAGUUUACCUUCAUUUUGUUACUGAAGUCUAGAGAUGUUUUUGUGAAGAAAAAAAAAAUCUUAUAUAAUAGCUGUAUGUUGCACCUAAAGCAGUUCUUUUACUAAAAGGUACUUAUUGUAAUUUAGGUUUAGAUUCUAGUUUUGUCCUAGUAAAUUUUGGUGGCAGUCAUGGUAAAUGAUGAAGUCAUAUCUUGUAUGGUAAUCCAGCUAGAACCAAGCGUUACAUAUAAAGGCAUUUGGUCAUCUCUCUGUUACCUUUUAACAGCUGUUCCCUUUUGGUCUAAAUGGAUCUUUUUAAUUCAAACUCCUCCUCCCCCCAAAAAUCUGAACACAUCUUCGGUGUGUUGUAAGGUGUGCCUUGGUGUUACCAUCUCUUUUCCUUGACUUGGUUUGUUUUGGACUAUCCUUGGGUCUGGUACGGUGUUGCUGCUGAUCCCCUAACCUGAGGAACCCCUCUCCACCUCCACCACACACUCUAUGAUUUUCACAUCGCUUUCUGUUUAUAACCAUGGCUUGUACAGUUUUACUUCUACCACUGAAUGGCAUUUUUACUGAGUGGUGUUUUAACACAGUUUAACCAGCUAGCCUGGAUGGAGUCAGUAUUAUAAGCAGGUUCAGAAACUGUUCUAGGAUCAGUCUCUGCUUGUAAUAUCUUUUGAAUGCAGUUGUAACAUGACUUUAGAAACAUUCAGCCCCCAACCAUUUUAAACUGGGCCUAGUCAUCAUGGUUGUAAAACUGUUAGAAGCUAGUUGUGCAGUCAAGGCUUUGUCCUGUGCAGUGCUGGAGGCUGCUAUUUUUAAGACUUUAAAUUUCAUACUAAUUACUAAUUAGUUUUCCUACUGUCCUGCAUGUACAAGUCCCAUAGGGCCAAGUCAGGUACACUUCAUAUUUAAUAACAGCCACAGAAUCUAUGGCUCGCUCCUGACAAAUAUUCAUCUUCACUUGGUGUAUAAGUUACAUUACUCAUUAGCAAGAACUUUACAUGCAGGUUAUAUCAAUAUUUUCGUUACUUUGUCCCUUAUAAAUGUGAAAACUUUGUAUGAUUGUUUUUAUUCUAACAAGCCAGAUAUGCCUCUACUGUGACUUUAUGAAGAUAACUGUACAGCAUUAUAACAAGAGGUUUUGUACAAGUUGUGACGAAGUGGGACUGUUCUUAAUGUUUCCUCUGAAUAGUGUGGGGGUGCCUCAGUUUCCCCUAGGCAGUUCUUAAGUAUCUAGGGGGUGGAGUAAGGGUGUAUGAUCAUUGCAGAGCCCUAGAGGGCAUGUGUGUGCAGGAGUCUGGACACAGAGAAUGGCCGACACCCUGUUUCCUGGCAACUGAUGGCCUGGGCCCUUCCCCCCCCUGCAAGGUGAGAGCUGAAGGGUUGGAGAACAAAGGAAUCAGGUGACCACCUGGCCCGGGAAAGGAACAAAGCCCAGAGGAGGAGGGGCUGGAGGGAGUUUCAGUUUGGGGCUGGCUGGGACAUGGAGUGAAGUGCAGACGUGGUUGUCUGGCUCACUGCCCCCCCAAAAUGGACCCAGCUGAGGGGUCCCGUUCUCUGCACCUGCAAGCUCUGUUUUAGACCAUGUUCCUGUCGUCUAAUAAACCUUCUGUUUUA